CGAGCCCAACGCGCAUAUUUUUCCUUGCUACCCCGCUUCUGCGACGCCAGAAGCCAUUUUGCGCUGCAUAACGUCAUCUCAUACCACCACCUGCCAUUCUAAAGCCGCGUGAUACACACAAUGACUGGCACAGAGAUCCAGCAAGGAGACAAAGUCUCGUGGAACUGGGGCUCAGGACAACCCAGCGGCACCGUUGCCGAGGUCAAGGACCAGGGCGAGAUUGCCAUUGAGUCUAACAAGGGUAACACCAUCAAGAAAAAUGCCGAUCCUGAAAACCCUGCAGUUCAUGUCGAGAGGUCAGGCAACGAUGUCGUGAAGCGCGCUUCCGAGCUCCAGAUUGACGAGAAAGCCGAAGGCGCCAACGGCGACUCGAAGCAGGAAGAGAAAAAGGAAGAGGCUGAAAAGCCAGACGAAAAGCCGGUAGAAGCGGAGGUAAAAGGCGACGAGAAGCCGGCUGAAUCCGAGAAGAAGGACGAGGAAAUGAAGGACGCGCCUGCCGCCGAGGAGAAGAAGGAGGAGGAAGCUCAAACAAAUGGCGAUUCCAAAGAAGAAUCCAAAGACGAGCCCAAAGAGUCCAAGGAGUCCAAGGAGUCAAAAGAAGACGAUAAGGACAAGGUAGCAGAGGACAAGGCUGACGAGAAACCGGAAGCUGAUGCCAAAGAGGACGAGCCCAAGGCUGGCGACAAGCGCAAGGCCGACGAGUUGCCCGAGAAGACCAAUGGUGCCGACAGCCAUGCUGAUGCUAAGAAGCCCGCCGAAAAGAAGGCAAAAACCGACGAGGCUGCGCCUGAGGGUGAAGGUAAGGAUGAAGCCGAGGCCAAGCCAGCGCCCAAGAAGGGUGGCCGUCCCAAAAAGGAGAAGAAGGAGCCCGCAAAGAAGAGGGAACCCAAAAAAGCCGCCACUGCUGACGGCACGCCGCGCCGGAGUGGCAGGAACAAGGCUUAAACAGCCAAUACAUGCCUCUGGCCUCUGAUCCUGCGAGCUUCAGCAUCGACAAAUGCAUUCCCGCCUUUUAGUUUCAAAUCCCUUGAAACGUGCAUGGGAGUCGGACACUGUUUAACGCGGCGUUCACUUGGGCCAAGUUGGUGGGCGAGAGCAGAAAAUAACAAUCGAGAACCGAAAUGAAGUAACGGCAAUGGGUGGAUGGAUUGGCACUGACGGCGGCGGCGCUUUCGGUCGGGUCUUUUUUUCGUCUGCUCCUUUGGUCGCGUUAUUUUCUGUUCCCUUGUUGUACAAUAAGUCCUGCCAAUGUUUCUUUUCGCUUUUUUAUGGGAGGUGGGACAAGGGAAUACGCUGAAGACAAAAAGGUAUAUUGAAUGCGUGCUAUGAAC